AUGCACUUACAAUACUGUGGGAAAAAGACGCUAACAGUUGAUCGAGGUCAAGUGAGAAAUGUUCCAGAAGAUGCUGCACCAUACCAAGCAUCUGUACAAACGAUUAUUUCAGGAGAGUUCACACAUAUCUGUGGAGGAGCCAUUAUUAGUACCGAAUUUGUUCUAACUGCUGCUGAGUGUACACAGGGAAAAGAAGCCGCAGAUCUCCGAAUUUUAGUUGGAACAAAUGACUUAUCGUCUGGAGGAACAACGUAUGAUAUUGAUUUAAUUAUUGAGCACUUUGCGUAUAACCCCGAUACGUUGAAUCAUGAUCUUAGCCUUCUAAGAGUUUCAGAGGACAUACAAUUUAAUGAGAGUGUUAAUCAGAUACUGCUAGCAGAAGAGGGAGAGGAUGGAUUCCGAUGUAUAUUAUCUGGGUGGGGAAACAAAGAUGAAAAUGGAGAAAAUUCAAAUAUCUUGCAAUAUAUUAUUGUGGACAUUUUAACCUUGCGUCAAUGUCAGCAAGAAUUGAGAGAUGUUGCAGUGGUGACGGAGGAAGAAAUCUGUGCAGAAGCUACAACAGACGAGAGCCGAGGCAGUUGUGUUGGUGACAUUGGUGCACCAUUGCUGCGAUUCUUGGAUGGGAAACUGGUUGGAAUAAAGUCUGGUACGAUUGGUUGUAAUCAGACCAAUCCAUACUUAUUUGCAUCCAUUGCUGCGGAGAUUAAUUUCUCCUGGAUUUACAUAGAAACAUAUGCUAAUAGGAGGAAUAUCACAAACGUCUAAGUGUUCAGAUAUAUUUUAAUAUUGUCCAGUUUUUGUAUUAUAUUUAAAGUUAUUUUAUUUGAGCGAAGAAAUGUCCAGACUCCAUUGAAUGGGUUUUAUUCAAUACAAUAGAUGACAGCAUCUGCUACAAUUACACUUCCGUUAGAUUGAGCACGCUGAAAAC